AUGAAUUUGAAUGAAGAUAAUAUAAUAACAAAAAAAAUAAAUUUAUUAAGAAGUUUGAGUAAAAAUAAUAAUGUAAAAAGAAAUUUUUAUAAUUAUAAUAAUUUAUUAGAAGAUAUUGAAGAAUGUGUUAAAAAACAAAAUGGAUAUGAACUUAGUGCUAUUUUAAAAUUAACAAAAUUACCUGUACCAAUAAAUGUAAUAGAUAAUAUGAAUGAAAGUGAUUUAAGAAAAAAAAUAAAAAAAAACAAUUUUUUAAAAAAUUAUGAGCAAUUAAUAAUAGAUCAUUUUAAUAUAAUAAAAAUAUUAUGUAAUAAAAAUAAUAUUAAUUGGGAUGUAUUAUUAAGUAAUAGUUGUAAAUUUUUAUCAACAUUUAUUGAAAUUUAUUGUGAUAAUUUAUGGCUUUUACCAUAUUUAUUAUCAAUUUGUUCUUUUUUAAAUAAUAUAAGUACAUUGGCUGAUUUUUAUAAUAAUAAUAAAAAUGAUAUUUUUAAUGAAUAUAAUGAAGAUAUAAAUGAGAAAAAUAAAUAUACCAUUGAAGUUUUAAAUUCAAUUAGAGGUAAGAUAGGAAUAGUAAAAGGAGAUGUUGAAAAACAUGGGGGAUUUGUUAUAUUAAUGCUUCAAUCUAUUAAGUUAUGCAUGAAAUUAAAUAAUAUGCAAAUAACUUCAAGUUUUUUAAAAAUUAUAAAUUCAACAGAUAUUAACUAUUCUUACAUACCUAAAUCUUUUAUUGUUUUAUUUAAAAAUCAAUUAGGAAAAUUAUAUUUGCAAAAACUAGAAUAUGAAAAAGCGGAAAAAGAAUUUAUAUGGGCAUUUUCUAAUUCUAAGAAAAGUCGCAUAGAAUUUAGAAAAAAAAUUUUAGAAUCCUUAAUUUCUAUACGUUUAAAUAAAGGAAUAUACCCACCUAAAAAAUUAUUAGAAAAAUAUAAAUUAUAUAUAUAUAUAGAUAUUGUUUAUUCCAUCAAAAGAGGAAAUAUUUUUUUAUAUAAUAAUGUUAUGAAAAACUUUUCAAAAUAUUUUUUUGAUAAUGGUUUAAAUGAAUGUAUUGAACAAAUUCAUUUUAUCGUUAAGAGAAAUUUAGUUAAAAUAGUUGUUGAAUGGUGGAAUAACCUUAUUAAAGAUAAUGCAAAUAAAAUAUUUAAAGUACCUAUUAAUUUAUUUCAUCAUAUAUUCAUAUGGGCAAAAAUUACACAACAUCAUUAUUAUUUAGAAACUUUAUGCAUUAUAACAUCUCUUAUUUUAUUUCGUUAUAUAAAUGCAUACAUUUCUUAUGAUAAUAAUAUUUUAGUUUUAAGUAAAAAUGACCCAUUUCCAUCUUUAUCGCAUUCAAAUAUUAGUAGAUAG